CACAUAAAACAUCAACACAUUGUAAUACAAAGAUUUUCGUUUUUAAAGGGGUACCCAAAAAUGAUAGCCAGAAGGCUCUACCGUUUGCCUUCGCCUCCCUCCAUCUUCUUCACAAUCGCCACCACCCACAGAUCCUCAAGUUCCUCCAACCCUUUCCGUCAUGGGUCUUCUUAUUCUUCCACCCACCAUCUGCUCCAGUUCCAAGCGUUGCGGUCGUAUGCUCGCAAUAGAGGCCAUUAUGAUCUAUUCGGGGGUCGUGUGCCUGGGGCCAAAGAAUUUAGGAAAACCUGGGCUAAAGAAAUGGAAGACGAGGAUGGGUGCCUAUGGACGGCGAGCGAGGAUGAGAGCGACCAUGAAAAUGAACCGAGUUCUCUGAAGAAGGAAAUCAGAAAGGCCAAGCGAAGAGCUGUGGAACGCUCGGACCGCAUUGAUGCAGACGACAGUGAUGAGCUGAGGAGUGUGUGGUCUGGCAGUGAUGAUGAGAAGUCACUAUGGACUGGCAGUGAAGGAGAUGAUGAAGAUGACAUUCCCACAGAAGCUUACCCACAUGAGAAGAGCGACGAGUACAUUGAUAAACUUUUUGAGUUUGACGAAAAACCCAAGUUUCGAAAACUCUCUGAUGCAUUGAAAGACGAGGAGGAACCGGACGAGUUAUCACCCGGGAAGAAAGCAAGGAAACUUGCAGUUGAAAAUGCCCUAAAGAAGUUGAAGAAAGGACCUGAUGGGCGAUAUGUGAAUGUGUGGGAGGUCAUGAGUGAUCUGGACAUUCUAAUUGGCGCUUUUGAGAACAUCAUUUCAGGGCCAGAGUAUGCAGAACUCAGGCAGGGAGGACCUAAGAAGCUGAAUAUGCAGUUCUUUAAGGACAUUCAAGCUCGCAUGCGAGACCCAAACUAUAAAUUCUCUCCCGAAAUGAAGUUGAAACCGAAGAGCAAAGUGGUACCAAGGAAGAAGUGGCAGAAGGUUGAAUCUCGGCGUAGGAAAGCACGGAAUCGCUAGCUGAGGUGUAGAGCAUUUUGUAGUUUUUCAAAUGUUGAGGUUGCAGCAGAAGCUCCAGCUU